AUGUCACGAUCAUCGUUGUCUUCAUCUAGGUAUGUGUUAUAUACCACAAAUUAUGUGGUUGGAUCACCACCAUUCCCAACAUGCCUCCUUGCCGAUGUGGGCAGAGCAAACCCAAAGUUGUUGCCUGCCACCCCUGCUAUCACGCCCAUUCACACUGUUAUGUUAGCGUCAGCAAACACUACCACUAUUCAUAUUGCUCGUCGACUCCCCACUGAAUCCCAGGUCAACAUUUCAACUCGCGCUGCUCCAAGUCAUACAGCAGAUGAGGGGGAAUAUUUUGAUCUCAAUGUCUCUGGUGACAAAGACAAAGAUAGAGCAGCACCUAGCCUGCUCCAAACAGCCACAGAUACCACAUGGACUGACCCAUAUGCUAUGGGUGGUUGA